GAGGGGAGGGGGGCGGGAGAGAUUAGUUUGGGAAGUAGCACGGAUUGCUCAUCCGAUCCGUGCAGCCGCUGCUAGUGUGUCAAGUUACAGAGGCGCCGGAAUCGGCCCCAGCGCUCCUCGGCAGCGGCCACGACCCACCUCUGCCCAUGGGGCCCUCCAUGUGCACCCCUUCGCCCCGGGACUGAAACUGGCUCGCCCGGGCGACGGGAAACACCAAGAAGGACAGACAUUGCUGAACCAACUCCGGACUGCAGAUACUUGAAGGGAAAGACUGGGCAGAAAAGAGAGCCGGCCAGAUUUCCCUAACUUUCCUGGACUUGGAACGUUCUUCGAAGCAACUUUUUUUUCACCUGGGUGUACCCCCCGAUUACUGCUGGUUUUUUUUUUUUUCUCCCCCCGUUCCCCCUCCAGCUGCUAUUUUUUCCAUCCUCUUUGCCGAGAGCAAAGGAAAGGGACAUUUUUCCAGCGACACAAGCCUUUUCCCUACUGCCCCGGAGCUUGAGAUCGCGCUUUGGGGCAGCGGCUCUCGCCUUUAUUUAUUCUAUUUAUUUAUUUAUUGGUUCUCAAGACGCGAGGGGAUGGUAGCGGAGCGCUCCCGCAAAGCGACAGCCGCCGGUGCCCGCGGCCCUGGGGAGCUGGGCGCACCCGGGACAGUGGCGCUGGCGGUGGCGCCGGCGGAGCGCUGCGCGCGGCUGCCUAGCCCGGGGUCGUGCGGGCUGCUGGCGCUGGCCCUCUGCUCGCUGGCGCUCAGCCUGCUCGCCCACUUUCGGACGGUCGAGCUGCAGGCCCGGGUGCUGCGCCUGGAAGCGGAGCGUGGGGAGCAGCAAAUGGAGCCGGCUAUUUUGGGACGAGUCAACCAACUGCUGGAUGAGAAAUGGAAGCUCCACUCACGGAGGCGCCGGGAGACCCUGAAGACUUCCCCAGGAUGUCACUGCCCGCCAGGGCCUCCUGGUCCUGCUGGAAGACCCGGCCUCCCGGGGGACAAAGGUGCCAUUGGGAUGCCUGGACGUGUGGGAGGAAAGGGCCAACCAGGCGAGAAGGGCGCCCCAGGAGAUGCCGGCAUGUCCAUCAUUGGUCCCCGUGGCCCCCCUGGUCAGCCGGGCACCCGAGGUUUUCCAGGAUUUCCGGGUCCCAUUGGGCUCGACGGCAAACCGGGCCGGCCAGGACCAAAGGGGGAGAUGGGACCUCAAGGACAAAAGGGAGAAAAGGGUCAGUGUGGCGAGUACCCACACCGGGAGCACCUAAGUGGCUCUCUAGCAGCUCUACGCUCCAACCAGAUAAUUACUCUGAAGGGUGAACAGGGCCAGGCUGGCAUCCAAGGCCCACCAGGGCCACCAGGCCCUCCCGGACCGAGUGGACCUCUGGGGCACCCAGGACUGCCAGGGCCCAUGGGGCCACCGGGCUUACCUGGGCCUCCUGGACCGAAGGGAGACCCAGGCAUCCAGGGCUACCACGGCCGGAAGGGAGAACGGGGCAUGCCAGGGAUGCCGGGCAAACACGGAGCAAAGGGUGAACCUGGGAUCCCAGGAGCCAAGGGUGAAAAGGGGGCUGUGGGGUCCCCAGGGCCACUCGGCCUCUUGGGGCAGAAGGGGGAAAAAGGUGAUGCUGGAAACUCCAUUGGAGGAGGCCGAGGGGAACCCGGUCCCCCAGGGCUUCCUGGACCCCCAGGGCCAAAGGGGGAAGCUGGAGCAGAUGGCCAGGCAGGCCCCCCAGGACGGCAAGGAGACAAGGGGGAGCCUGGAGCAGCUGGAGAACAGGGACCUACUGGCCCCAAGGGCUCCAAGGGCGAAACUGGGAAAGGAGAGAUGGUGGACUACAACGGCAACAUCAACGAGGCUCUCCAGGAGAUCCGGACACUGGCCUUGAUGGGGCCCCCUGGUCUUCCUGGGCAGAUCGGCCCACCCGGAGCUCCAGGGAUCCCAGGCGAGAAGGGGGAGAUUGGACUGCCAGGCCCUCCCGGACUUGAUGGGGAAAAGGGACCUCGAGGCAAACCAGGAGAUGUGGGCCCUCCUGGUCCCCAAGGCCCCCCAGGAAAGCCUGGGCCUGCAGGAAUGAAGGGAGAAGACGGCCUCCCGGGGAGCCCAGGAGAGAAGGGGGAGAGAGGGGAGACGGGGCAGCCAGGACCACCGGGUCUAGACGGCCCAACUGGGGAGAAAGGAGAACCAGGUGACCAAGGGAGAGCCGGAGCAACUGGACUUCCUGGCCCAAUCGGGCUCCCAGGAUUUAUAGGAGAGAAAGGAGAACCAGGGGAGAAGGGUGACCCAGGAAUGGAGGUUCCUGGGCCACCAGGGCCAGAGGGGCCUCCUGGACCUCCGGGGCUCCAAGGCGUUCCCGGACCAAAGGGGGAAGCAGGACUAGACGGAGCAAAAGGAGAAAAAGGCGUCCAGGGAGAAAAAGGAGACCGAGGUCCUCUGGGAUUACCCGGAGCUUCAGGUUUGGACGGCAGGCCUGGGCCACCGGGUACUCCAGGACCAAUCGGAGUUCCAGGCCCAGCGGGACCAAAGGGAGAGAGGGGCAGCAAAGGUGACCCUGGGAUGACAGGACCAACAGGAGCAGCUGGGCUUCCUGGUUUACAUGGACCACCCGGGGACAAAGGAAACCGGGGGGAGAGGGGGAAGAAAGGCUCUAGAGGGCCUAAGGGGGAUAAGGGAGACCAAGGAGCGCCUGGAUUAGAUGCCCCCUGUCCAUUGGGUGAAGAUGGCUUGCCAGUCCAGGGCUGCUGGAACAAGUGAUGCCUCUAACCUGGGAUUGGCCUGUGUGUGUGUUUGUACAUAGAAUAUUUAUUUUUAUACAGUUUUCACUUUUUGAAAAUGCCCGAAGUAUGAUGCAUCUUACAGAUUUUUUAAAAAAGGAAAACCUGCAUAUUUUGUACAGAAAAUACCAACCUCUUCCCUUUUGUUUACAAGAUGUUUUGCAUACGUCUAAGACUCUAAUACACUUUUCAUUUGUGAGUUCGGCUGUACGUUUGCAUGACAUUUGUGCACACUUAUUAAGUAUUAAAGCUUAAUAAAUUAUUGUGUUCCAGUGCCAAAAGGGGCCAACCAGCACUCAAGGGCUGGCUGGUUUGUGUGUGACUUCACAGAUACAAGAAGGUCCAUGGGGUUUGCUAAGCUAGGUGUGUCUCAGAAUAUUUUAAAUGCUUAUGGAUUUUCACUAUUAAAACAAGUGAAACAUGGAAA